UCCCGACUUCCCCACGUUGCGUCUGCGGAUUUGUGCAUCGCUCGCUUUUGCCAGCUUUGAUCAAUCAGGCACCUCUUUGCUUUGAUUGGUUGAUGGCAAUCGGGAGCGUAACUGGGACUCCGAGCUAUUUAUUCAUUCGUGUUGUUUUUUGGAGUUGCCGUAACUACCGAGGGUUGAUGGGAAGAGAGGGAACAGCAGACUUACUUCCUCAUCUUAUGAUCCUUCAUCUUAUGAUCCUGUGGCAAUCUCUCUAGACGGUGCAGAAUGGUGAAAGUCGUCGCCAGGCAACAACUAUACAUUUGACUUUUAUGUGCACCUAGCGACUUGCCUCGCAUGUCCUCUCCUUUUCCCAAUCUCUCCCAUCAUUUCUACGCGCGCGCGCGCACACACACACACACACACACACACACACACACACACACACACACACACACACAGAGAGAGAGAGAGAGAGAGAGAGAGAGAGAGAUGGGUGCAUUUGCGAAGGAGAGAGAGGGGGGGUUUGGGGAGGGCGAAGUUAGUGAAGAAGAACCGGUCAUGAUGGCAAAGGAAAGGCGAGUUGAGGGAUCCCAGCCGCAGCCAUCGCGGACAUCGGCACAAGAUUCUUCAGGCAAUACUACUGACGGCGAUGAAGCUUCUCUCGAUGCGUAUUCUGCUCACAGAUCUCAUGGGGAGAGUGCAGGUCUCAAGAUGGAGAGAGAAGAGGGCAUCGUAGCAGGGUGUUCUGUUGAUGCACAGCCUUCUUACAGGUCUGAUCGUAGUGCAGGUGUAAAGGGUGAGAAAGAAGGUGGUGGAGCUGGUUGUCUUAAUUGCGAUGAAGCUGGGGAUGUGGAUGGGGUUGGUUUCACCACGACGAGCUCAACAAGGCGACGGCAUCUCAUCAAUGGAAGUGCCCGAUCGCCGGUAGAUGGCCUACAUCACGACGGCGCCAAGAAGAUGCAACCGGAGGACGGUGGCAAAGGUAUAGAAGGGAAGCAAGGCGAGAAAGCAACAGCAGCCGGUGUGCGCUUUUUCUGCAAACCGAAUUCCACAACGUUAUUCGAUGUUCUUAUUGUGUUUAUGUGUCAUCUGUUCCCCUUCUCUGUUUUCGCCGCUAUUUCGGAAAUACUGCUCUUGAAAUGGGCUGUCGCAAAGUAUGGCUCAAUCGUCUGGACCAUCUUCUUUUCCGUCUCUCUCCUACUUAUCACUAUUCCCGGUUACUAUAUCCCUUCUGUGCGGAAAGUUCUUCGUUGUCUGUACGUUCCGCUGGCCAGGUACGUGAAAUCUAUGGCUGUUAUCGUGUCCGCUGAUGUGGGGGUCUCUUCUUCUCCCUCUGUUUCAGCGUCGUCUACCUCUGCCAACGAGAGUUCUCGUAAAUUCGAGGACAAGCGAUCCUUGAUCUUUGCGAUUCAUCCACAUGGACGCGUGUUUUACACCCCCACGAUGUUAGCCCAGCUCCACGACAUGUGGCACGAGGGCGCUCUCGGUCGAAAGAACGAUCUGUUCAUUGGCGCCAGCAGCGGCUUUUUCUACGUACCUGUCCUUCGCAAUCUGCUUUAUGCUGUGGGUGUUAUUCCAGUCAGCAAAUCUUCCGUCGUUAGGAAGCUGCGCGGUGGUCAUGACGUCAUUAUCGUUGUCGGCGGCAUCAAGGAAGUGUCGUUAGGCACAAGUGACCAUGAAGAUGUGUUGUUUCUUGUCAGAAGGAAAGGAUUCAUCAAGCUGGCAAUCGAAGAGAACGUCGGUGUGGUCCCGGUCUACUGCUUCAACGAGAAUAGUCUCUUCAAGCACGAUCCCAAAUGGUUCUUGAAAUUCUGGGAGAAAGUCAAUCGCCUGAUUGUCAUUGGGGUGCCCCUGUUCCGAGGGGUCUGGAAUACCCCCAUGCCCUAUCGAAGGAACAUUCUUGUAGCGGUCGGUGAACCCAUGUUUGCCAAGGAAGGAGAGUCAGUGGAUGCGUUUCAUGCUAGGUACAUGCAAGAACUCAAGAACCUUUAUCACACGCACGUUGCUCUUUCAGGACGUCCUGAUCACAAGCUAGUCAUAGUCUGAACAUUUGUCUGAUCGUAAUUCGAUUUGUUAAUUAAUCAAUGACAGAGUACUUGCUGGUAAUGGGUUUUCUCCCUUUCCACUGUUGUUUGAAUUGGGUUAGAAAGAGUUGGUGCUCUCACGAACGGUAUGGCGAUGGCGGCUUUUCUGUGUGCUCGAGUGAAAGUCGUUGAAAACAUUUGCGAACGGAUCUGAUUUCCUCGUGUCUUCACCGCCGGGACUUUCUCCGUCUCUGCAUGGAUGGAUGUGGUUGGAUUCGAUCCGUUGACUUGCGAUGCAAGCUGCUGGUGAUGGAAUCCCUCUGUCUGGACGCCGCGGUCGACAUUUGAAGUGUGGGAAGAGAGUUUUGAAGUGUGAGGAUAGAGUUGAGGUGGUUAUGGUUCCCACCGUUUGCAUCGGGAAGAUGAGACUUGCCCGUUAGAUGUUCGAGAGAUGCAGAGAUCGAACACGAAGCAGGAGGUACCGUUAUUAUUCUUUAGCUUGAGGGUUCAAACUCUGAGCAUGAGGUUGCUAUUUUACUGUAAGAGGAAUGUGUCUUCUAUCGUUCGAACUGGCGACAAGGAGAGGGAGGCGGUUCUGAUGACGCAAUAGUGACUUGUUGUAUUCUUCAGGGUGAAGUGGUGUUCGAACCAAGGUGGUUUGAUUCAUACUCUUUUUAAGUAGGAGGGUUUGAUUGAACUCUGAGCUGAAGGUUGCUAUUUUUAACUGUAAGGAUCGUGGCUCGUAUGGUUCGAACUGGUGAUAAGGAGAGGUGGAGAGGGUUAUGAUGACGCAAUAGGGACUUGUUUGGAUUGACCAGGGUGAAGGGGGGUUCGAACGGUUGUGGGUUGAUUGUGAGACCGAUAGUUGACAUGGGUCUUUCGUCUGUUUGUCUGUAGUUUUGUAGGAGUGGGAUUCUUUUUUAGAGGGAAGUUUUUCUUUUCUUUUUUAGUUUUGAAGUUUCUCCCUUUUGUGGGUGGGGGCUGAUGGGAUUCUCGCGAAAGGGGGUGGGAAGGCGGGGGAGGGAUGUAAUCUUAAUUUUUUCUCCGUGCUCAUAUGUUAGCGUCGGAUUUCAUUUGAUCUCGUUUUGGAACUUUUUGGUUGACAAGUUAUUAAAUUCUUUCCCCGCGUUUCAGCAUUAGAAAUGAAACCGAUGCUCAAACGAAGAAAGCAAUCGAGUUUGCUAUCACAGUACGUUUUGCAGCGGGGAAUUCCCGCCACCCUCUCCUCCCGAGCUCCCCCUUCCCUCCCCCUCCCCACCUGUGCGUGCUCGCAUACGCUUUUCGGGUGGUCGGAGCCAAAUUUCUUAUGAGGACGUUUCUUGAAACCGAUGCCGCCAAUGAAGAAGGCAAUCGAGU